AUGCCAACGAAAGUGAUUGACAACGCUGAUUCCGUUCGGGAAGUCGUACAGGAGGUGACCAGCAGGAACAAGAUUCCCCUUAUCUUUAUUGACCUUGAGGGUGAAAAUCUUUCACGUCAUGGGUCUAUCGCCAUCGUGUCGGUCCUAAUCCCACCCAACCCGACCAUCUAUCUACUAGAUGUACACGAGUUGCAGAGCCGAGCCUUCGACACCGCAGCUGCCGGUGGCCUGACUUGGAGGUCCAUCCUGGAGUCAGAGGAGCAUCCGAAAGUCUUCUUCGAUGUGCGUAACGACUCUGAUGCUCUGUAUUCCCAUUUCAGCAUUGCCCUACGCGGAGUUGUGGACCUUCAACUCCUCGAGUUCGCCACUCGUCCGGGCCGAGGCAGGUAUGUGAAAGGCCUUUCUAAGUGCAUCUUGGAAAGCUCUUUUCUGUCGGCAGAGGAGAGAAGUUCGUGGCGACGCGGCAAAGACGAGGGUAUCAAGCAGUUUGCUCCAGAGCAUGGGGGCACAUACCGAGUCUUCUUCAAGCGACCGUUGUCAACGGCCCUUCAAAGUUACUGCGCAGAGGACGUCCUGAAGCUGCCAGGAUUGUUGAGUGCUUAUUCGGGAACUAUCAAGCCCCAUCUCGCUGCGCAGGUUGGUGAGGAGGCUCUUCAUCGCGUGACCCUUUCACAAGGCGUCUAUUUCAACGGCAAGGGAAAGCACAUGGCGGUGGGCCCAGACUUCACAUGGACAAUGUAA